AUGAAGACAGCCACAGUCUUGUUUCUGGAGGCUUUGAUUGCUGUGGGGAUGAACACUACCUAUGCAGUGUCUUCUCCCAAAAUUAAGUGUGUUAAGGAAUUUGAAAAACCUGGAGCUUGUCCCAAGCAUUCCCCAGAAAGUGUUGGAAUUUGUGUUGAUCAAUGCUCAGGAGAUAGAUCGUGCCCUGGCAAAAUGAAGUGCUGUAGCAAUAGCUGUGGUCAUGUCUGCAAACCUCCUGUCUUUUAA